GGGGCUAGCUGCAAGGCUAACCGAUAAGGAUAAGCAAGGAGGCAAGACAGGGCAGGCCGUGUAAUUAUGUUGAAGUAGGUAGUGGCAAUUGUCUUUCUGUCAACUUGAUCAUCACGCAGUACGGAAUUCUGAUCUGUUCCAACCAUGAGUCUAUAUCGUUCUGCAGCACUCUCCAGUCGAAUUAAAAAGUCUACCCCUUCAUUGAAGCGAAGUUCAUCCUCCCCCUUCUCUUCCCUGCCCAAAAGGAAACCUCCACAACGUUCGAAAUCGAGAGCAGACUGUGAUGAUGACGAAGAGGAGGACUUUUUUGAUGAUAAACUUGAUGAUAUAGGUCUGGUCAAAGCUCUUGCAACUGAUCUCACCUUACGGGAUGUUGCGCAAGCUAUUCAAUAUAUCAAGGGUAGGAUGUGGAACCAUAUGCCAGUGCAGAGGAGUGGUAUGAAUUCCACACGAAUUGCGGAGGUCCUCAACUACCGGGAUUCAUUACCAAAUAUCGUUACUGUCUCACAUGUUCAAGCUUUACUAAACUCUCCUACUGCUGCUGAACGAGAGAUCGUAGAAUUAGUACAUGGAGGGGCGAUAAGAAAAGUUGUUGUGGGUGGGAGAGGAAGCCUUGGGGAAUUUUUGAUAUUGGUGAAGGAUUUAGAGAUCAUGAUAGAGAGAAGCAACCUUACAGCUUCCUCAAAAGAAGACUUAAAGAAACUACUGUGUGAAAAUCCUACCGCGCUAAAGUUUCCUAGAUCCCAAUUCACGGAAGAAAACGCCCACAAAUUGAUACAUGCUGGCUUCCUUACCUCGUCAACGACCAAUUACACGGUCACAGAUCAUUUCUCGAGGCCAGGUGACGGUUCAAAAGGAACCCUUACUUCACUAGACAGUAUCUCAAGGGCAGGUUCCGGAUCUCUAGCUGCCGUUGGUGGUGAAGGGGCAGUUCAUGCUUCUGGAGGGAGUGGAGGCGGCGCUCGAUUGUCGGGAAAGGGCGAUUUCACUUUUUCCCUUCCAGCAACAGGUCAAUUUUUGAAACUGUUGAGUAAUGCCCGCCUUCACCUCGUGUCCUUGCUCUCGAAAUCGAAGUAUCGAGAAGCACCCGAAUCUCUUCUACGGCAGCGGUGGGAUGGUGGAAUCGAAACAGACGAAGCAACUAGCACGGCCAAGAGGCAUAGAGGAGAAUUCUCUGGCGUUCUUCCUGGCAAAACCAGGAAAUGGAAGCAGUUUUAUGGAAUCUCGUUUGAAUGGAUAUUGGCAGAGUGUGUUGGCGCAGGCUUAGUUGAAGUCUUCGAUACCAGGAGCAUUGGGAGGGGCGUACGUGCAUUAUAAAUAUCACAUGGAGGAUCCGGAGUCUAUCUGGAAUACCGUGGGUGGAUUUUCAUCCUUCGCGAUCACUGUCGUUUGGAACGGUAGAUGAAAUUAGAUUGUUCGAGUCUACAGGGAGAAACAAUGCUUGGUCUAGACUGGCAUAAGUUUGGUAAGCUCCAUAUAAUGUAUAAAAUUCAUAUCAAAUGCGGAGAUCACCAAUGGGUGGAGUUCACUACUGCAUGUUCAGCAGCGGAGCAUUUUGAAUGAACAGUGCUCAGGUCUCGGGGGUAUCAAUUUUCCUUCUGUUCAGGGCUUGUUGCAUGCAAACACGCAUGCGAUGGGAGAAUAGAGUUGGAUAUCUAGUAAACCUCACACAUAAUCAAUGUUCUAAUUCGAAUUUGAUAAUUGAAUGUUUAUGAUGUUUCAACUAGAAUUCAACAAUCAAAUGCUCUUUCUUUAAACUUUCA